AUGCCUCCCAAGAAAACCACUUCUACCAGGUCCGUUUCUGGUGACAAAAAACCAACUCGCAGACGGAAAAAAUGUGUAGUCAAAAAGUCUUCCAAGGUUUGCAAGGAUGAUUUAGGUGCCGAUAUCGCGAUCAGUUGCAUAAAAGAUGUAAGACCAGUGACCAGAGGCACAAAAAGAAAAGUUACCCAAAAUAAAAUUGAAGUUGUUAACAAUGAGAAGGCAGCAAAUGACAGUAAAAAUUCUGAAAGAAACUCUUCCAAUAAUAAUCAACCUGUUGCUAAGAAACGAAGAAUAACUCGUAAACUAGAAAUUAAGUCUACUAUGGUUACCAGAAAUUGUAAAAAAAGUCCUCAAGUUGAGGAACAAGGAAAGGGUGAUGUAAAAUCUAAAAUUCUCACAUUAAGACAUAAAGUAUUUCCUAAAGAUCUUAAAAUUGUACGAACAAUUGUCAAUGAUUAUAUACCUGAUGAAGUUACUUCAGAAAAUGAUACAAAAUCAGUGAUGCCAACAAUAAAUACAACCACUAAAUGUUUUGAAGCUUUAACAUAUGAUCUUAAAAAAAAUCCAAUUGUAUUACUUAAAAAUCUUGUUAUAAAUGAUUAUAGCAGUAAUAUAAGAGAUGAAUCUGAAAAAUCUUUGGAAAAUAACGAUCAUUCUAAUAUUACUAAUGGACAAACUAAUUCUGGAAAUAAUAGUAGUGACCUUAGUUCUGAUGCUUCGCAAGAUACUUCACCCAUUAGAGACCCAUCUGAGGAAUUGGGAUUAGACCAGUUGUUUUUCUUAGAUCACUACAUAUCAAUGUUACACCAGUAUACUGGAUUCAGCUUUGAAAAUAAUGUUGACUUUUCAAAAAAAAAAUUGCAUUUAAAUAUACAAACACAAGAAUUAAAAAAUAUUAUAACUGGAGGAAUACUUAGAAGUAAUGUUUCUUGUGGUGAUUAUGUUGAGAAAGGACCGAUAUCACUUCAAAUAGAUGAGAAAAAAUUAAACAACACACCUGAACCAAAUGCUAAAGAGCAAGUACCUGAAGCUGGUAUAGAAGGAUCGGAUUAUUAUCCAGACAGUUUCAAUUAUACUGACGAUGAUGAUGAUGAUGACACUAUAUCACUUUUUGCUGAAAGCCUUUCAAGUUUUGAAACUAACCCUAUAAUGUCAUACAACUCUAAAGUAGAUAAAUAUGAACCUAUUGUAGAUAGUAGAGAUGAUACUGCCAUCUUCAAAAUCCCAAAACCAGUAGUACUUAAACAGUGUAUCCAGGUUUGUGAGAAGCAAAAAGCUGACUCAACAUCAUUUGGAUUAUCUGAAGAUUCUGGUACAAAAGUGGAGUAUAUGAAACCUGAAACAAAACUCCACAACAAGUUUACUACUAAAACAACAAAAAGUCGCGUUUUAUCCCCGGUCUUGCCAGGAUCACCCAUACCAUUUACAUAUGUAAGAAGUGCUGUCUUUAGAGGCAUCUGCAUUUUCAACAUAUUGAAGAAAUGCAAGAAUAGCAGGUGCAAUUUCCCACACACUCUUCUGACACAAAGUUUUGUAAGUGAAAAGUUAGUUGAAUUAACUGAAGAUCAAUUCCACCAAGAAUAUCUAAUGGUAUGUAAGGAGGCUCAAUUAUUAAGGUUGUAUGGACUAGUAUAUAUAAAUGAAGGUAUUCGUCGAAAAUAUUCUAGAAUAGUAGUGGAAAUAACAUUAAAUGCUCUAAUUAUUUUUAAACAGACCCAAGAAAAGGUAAUAAUAACUGAAAUAGUGGAAAGGACAUUGUUAUAUUUGAAUCAAGUGAAUUUCAAUGAAAUUUGUGACUUGCUGAUAUCAGAUGUUAAACCAGGUGUUCAAGUGUGUGAUAAAUUUUUGGAAGUAAUAGGGCAAACUCAAAACUUCUCUAGGUUUAAAAUAGUAUUUGUGAAGUUGGCAAAGUUAAUGUGUGUACGAAAUAGGACUUUUAACAGUGAAACAGUGUCUCAGAUUGUAGAAAGGUUGUGUAUUUUGCCGUAUUCGUUUGAUUUGGCGCGGGCGGUAUUAGAUAUAUUGAAGAAGACUGAUACGGUAGUGUUUUGUAAUUCAAUGAUUACUGUUUUCGAGAGAAAACUUUUGAAAUUUGACAAUCAAUUGCAUAAAGAAUUUGUUAAGUUAAAAGACCAACCCAAUAAUCAGUGCAUAGAUGAUGGUGAAACAAUGUGGAAUAUAUGUGAUAAAGCCAUCAGGUACUCUCCUGAUACAACAAACAGAGACAGUCUGGACAGACAUGAGCAUGUGGAAGUCGGACAACCAGACCAAUGUCAACAAAGUAGGCUAUAUUCUAAAUUCGAUUGGGGCCGUUCUGGUCCUAUGAAGCAACUCCCCAGAACAUUCAGACAAGUAAAUUAUGGACAACCUUCGAGUCUAAGACCCCAAUAUAAUCCAAGGCAAAGACUGCCAAACCGGCAUGAACGUCGAACGCCAUAUUUACCAUCUCUAUGUAACCUACGUUUUCCCUCACAAAAUAUACCUCGAAAGAAAAAUAAAGGGCCGUAUCGGUUGUAA